UUGUCAUUUCAUCCGUCCGUCCGUCCAUCCAUCCGUCCGUCCACCUGUAACCACCUUCAAUUAAUCCAUAAUAAUCCAUUGUUCUUACAUUUUAAAUUGUACUAAAAAAGGACUGAAUAUUUGAGUCUGGAAAAGAGUUGGAUUUUGACUUGAAUAAUAUGUUGGAACCCUGUAAAAAAAUUAAUUUCUUAUGUUUUGUACAUUUUGAAGCUCUAUUUAAACAUUUUUUAUCUUAAAUGUUUGCUUCUAAGUAAACAAUCACACCUUUAGGAUGUUUAUUUACUAGACUGUUGUAAAGUGCAUGUGUGUACUCUACUGCAGAACAAACUUCCCUCCACUUUACACCCCGCCCUCCAGUACUCUAUAGGAGACCACAUUUAAAAUGAAACCCCACCUGAAAUCUCCCAGAGACCAAUCCGCUAGAGAAAGGUCAGCGCCAAGGGCACACCCUCCGUUGUUCAAAGCCAAUCGGAGUGGAAGGGCAGCAUUUUGCCUGAGGGUAAAACUUACCCCUGGAUGUGUUAAUUACGCAUCACUAAGCUGUUGCCAAUGUGUUCACAACCGUGGACUAUCUUUUGGGCUUUUUGCAGCGGUUGUCUUCAUUCUUUAGUCAGUUUAGUAUGGAAAGUAGACAACAAUGGCUUACCAGGCUGAAAAAUGAACUUAGCAACAGUCCGCUGGUAUCAAAUGUGGCUUUUGGGUUCAUCCUCAUGGGACUAGAGAAGCUCGUGGAGCUGGAGUUUGAGUGUCCUUGCAACCCUACGUGGAAUGGAGCGUUUUCAUCAGCAUUCUUCAUCAUUCCUGCUGUCAUGGCCUUCACCUUGAUGCAGAUCAUCCAGGGAUGCAGGUGCAACGUGUGGUGCAGGAAAAUGGUUUCCCUCUCUAGUUUCGUUCCUGCUGUUGUUUGGCUGAUCUUGUUGUUCCUGGACGGCCAGUACUUUGCCUGUGCUAUGACAGACUGGGAUGGAAGAUUUGUCCUUGUUGACAAGGCAGCUCCGCAGAAGUGGUGUGAGCCAGUUACAGAGGGAGACGUCACCCCACAAGAAUUAAUGCUCCGCUCACAGCGGUUGUUUGUGUUUUCUCAGGUAAUAGGAAUAAUCCUCCUGAUUUUCAUCUGUGUGGGUCUGGUAGUGUAUGUAAUCAGAGAAAGCUCCCAACAGGAGGUGGAGAUGCAAGAUGCAGAUGUGGCUGAGCUCACCGUGCUCAGGAUGAGCUCUCUACGAACCAGAACAUCAUGAGUGGACCUACCCUGUCCUACACAGACACUUUGUAAAUACCACAAAAAGACUUGACAGGAGUUUUUUUUAAUCGCCCCCCCAGGAUAUUUUGGGGGCAUUUAAAGAUAUUUGAAAAUCUGUCUGAAAAUUCUCCAUCAGGUCAUAGUAAUGUAAGUGUUUCGACAUUUCACAACUGGACUUCUCUUUGUGUUUUUUUUCUUGAAAAAUUCCUCUAAAGUAAAUGUGUGUCGAAUGAUCACUGGUGUCACCAUGUACACUGUUCAAAGAAAUAUUGUGUGUUUUUUGUAUAAAUAUUGAGGAAUGAGUAUACAUAAAUGUCCUCUCUUGGUGCUUCCUCACCUGGGUCACCAGUGCAGCAAUUUCAUUCCUAAUCAAGGUGUGGGUUAAUAUAUUUUAAAUCUGCUAUUUUCUGUUUUCUUUGUUUUAUUGCUAUAGUUGAGAUGAGACUAAAUAUGUUUGAUCAGGUAAAAAUAAGUAAUAAUAACAAACUGAUCUAAUUUCAGCGCCUUGCAAAAGUAUUUGUACCCAGUAAACAUUUUUACAUUUUGCCACAAAGUGACUGCAACAUUCAAUGUAUUUCCUUUGGGAUUUAUACAAUAGAACAAAACAAAGUAGCUUGCAAAUAUGAAGUAGAAGGAAGAGAAAAAACAAAAAAAUUGAGAAGUUGACUGCACAUUUGUAUUCAACUGACCUGAUUGUUGUACAUCUAGACUUAACUGUAUCACUGUUUCUACUCGAAAAAAAGGUAUUCCAACAGAAUGAUGAUGUCAUAUUCAACAGUUUUGGAUAUUGUUUUAUCACCGAGCCCUCUCCAAACGCAAGUAACUUGUCUAGUGUUUUAUUUGGUCUUCCUGACUAUUGUUCUUUGACCAACCUCUGAGGUCUUUACAGAACUUACAUUGAAAUUAAGUUUCUCAAAGUCAGAUUCUAAUAAAAGUCACAUAUCAGGUGACUUGCAUAGGUAUCCAGUUGGGGUGGAUUUUUUUUUCAGGCAAUACAGUAUUUGAGGUUUAAUACAAAUGCAUACCACACUUGAAAUAGAUUUUUAUUUAUUUAUUGUUUACUUUAUUUACUCACAAAUCUGGUAUCCUUAUUCACUUUACAUUGCUGUGUAAAGUGCAAUGUACACAGCACUAUUUUUCUGUGUCCAUGUUGACACAGAAAAAUAAAAUUCAGUACAAUAAUUGAAGUUCAUAGUUGUGAAUUCUGAAGCACAAUUACAAGUACCUUUGGAAAACACUGUAAUUAUAAAUCACAGAAAAUGUUUUAAAAUAGUAAGAUUUGUUAAAAACAAUAACUGGUUUGUCUGUAGGCUAUACCCACCCACCAAUAAGUUUGAUUUCUUAAACUGCUACCUGGUUACAAGCAUGAAUAAAGUGAGAAUAAAUAUCAAACUUUUUCCAAAAAUCAUAUAUAUAUAACACAGAUUGCUUUGUGGCAUUUUAUAAACUUUUCACCCAUUUCUUUUAUGUUUUUUAAUCUGUAUUUUUUAAUACAAUGUUUUUUUGUUUAAUUUGUUAACUAUAUUGCCUCAUAAGGUGUGUCCGCCAGGCAGCUAAUAUUGUUUUGUCCUUUAUUAUUCUUUUAUGCUAAAAAAUAAUAAAAAUGUUCCUCUAAAAUGAAAUUCCUGUUAUACAUAUAACCUCUUAAAGGUUUUGAGACAUAUUUCCAAGUAUCCCCAGCAAACAGUUGUAAUCUAUAUAAAAUCCAUCCAUCAAUCCAUUGUCUAUAACUGCUUGUCCUUAGAAGGCAAUUUGUAUCAUGGCAAACAGGCAAAAUAACUCAUUUCUAAAGUGAUGGUUGCAUUUUCCCUUUAUUUUUAGUAUUAGAAUGAUUUUUCAAAUGAGGUAAAGUCCUCAAAUGUUUUGGACAGUCAUAGUUUGAAUAUAAUUUACAUUUUUCCUACUAGAAAAACUGUGAUUUAAGGCGUAUGUCUAAAAGUUUCAGUUUUUAUGUAGCAAAUGUGUAAUUGUUUCCCUCAUAUUUCCAGAGUGCUUGAACAAAUUGAAAUAAGUGUUGUAUCAAUAGUGAAGUUAAGAAUACUGUUGUUUGGAAGUUCACUUGUGCCUUCAUUAAGCUGAAAUUCUGUUGUUCAAAUUAUUUAGAUUCUUCAGACGCAUCACUUCAUUUGCAACAAAGCAAAGCACAAUAAUACGUGUAGUCACAAGUUCCAUGAAAUAAGUAGCAAACAGUCAAACCAGCUUUAAAUUUGUAACUCAUAGAUUGUGCUUCAUUUGCUUUGUUGGUUGACGUUUGCAGAUUAGAGGUCAUCUGUGGCCUUGCAAAAGUUGUUUUUAGACAUUCUGUUGCCUUCACCUUUUGACACAGAGGGGGAUUUUAGUUUUUGGCAAAUAAGCGUAAAGCCACAACAGCGAACACACGGUUUCAAUGAGAGAUUGUGUUCACUCUUGUUAUGUUGGACUAUUCUAUUGCUGAAAAAUUAUUACCUAUAGACUCACGUUUAUGGAUUUAAAUGCUAAAUUCUGCUUUAUUGAGUUACAGCCUUACAAUCUCUUGCAAAUUUUCAGCUCACUGGAAAAAUAAGAACAUUUUGUAAGUUUGUUUUCACAUGCUAGAUUAUUUUCUUUUAAUUUUAAGAGCUGUCAUGAGCUAGAAUUCCUUUACCCAACACUUUAUAUUUCACUUAUGCUGGUGUUUUUAUUGGCAGUGCUGUCUGCAUCAUCCCUAAACACAACUGAUGGGUCUUGAACUGCACAUAAAAACAGCUAUUUCCUCUCAGAUGAAAUACAUUUUGUAGCAAUGCCAAAAACUGUGUAAAAUUCUAUAAACAGUGUUCCACUGCAACUCAGUUGUAUGAAGAAGCAUAAC